AUGGCUGUGCAGGCUGCCCUGCUGCUGGGGGUGCUGCUGCUGACCCACCACCCUGGGGAUACAGCCCUCUUGGAAGCCAACGGCAACCUGAGCUGCCGCUGUGCCAAGACCACCAGGGCCUUCAUCCCGCCAUGGAAAUACAGCAGCAUCGAGGUCCGGCCAGUGGGGAGCAGCUGCCGGCGCCUCGAGGUGGUGAUUAAACUAAAAAGCCUGGAGAGGGUCUGCAUAAAUCCUGACACCCCUUGGGUGAAGAAGCUCCUGCAGGACCUCCCUAACCUGAGGAAGAAAGAGGCUACCCACUGAGGAAGCUGUCACCG